UUUGUGAAUGUGUCCUUCAAAGUUCAAUAUUUUACAUGCAGUUUUGGUGCAAAGUGUAUCGUGUAAUCAGUUAUUGUGCAUGUGACGAUAUGAAGAACUGACGAGCAUUGCUGUUAAAUAUUGGCAGGUUUUUGUGUGAUUCGCAGGUCUGGCCACCGCCAGGGCAGAGGUGACAUUGACUUUCCACCACUCGUUAAGCACUACCAUGUCUAAGAUCAAGGGAUUCCUGAGAAGAAAUGUUGUCUGGUUGACAUUCAUUCCCCUGAUAAUAGGCAUACACUACACCUGGUACCGUAUACAGCUGAAUGAAACUCUUGUGCCAAGAGACGUGAAGAAAGCUACAAUAUUUGGCCAUCCUGUUGUACCAGAAAUUUCUGAUGACCAGUCAUCUCCAAGUAAAAAGUAGAGCACUUCAAAAGAUUGAGACAUUCACAGUUCAGCUGCAGCCAGUAAGAUGAUUCGGGAAGGGAUAUUAAAUGCAACCCUUUGGGCAUUAAGGAAUAAGUUUGCUUCCAUAAGUUUGGUUGUUGCUGUCACCUACAUUGCAUCAUUUCCAUAUUUUGCUCAGGCAGAGAUUUCAACGUCUGAAAGUCGAGCUAAUUUCAGGAGAGAGAAAGAGGAGAAAGCAGCCAAACAAACACCUCAAGGAUGAGACAAAAAGGAAGACAUGUCAGUGGAUAAAGUCAGGGUGGAUGUUAAGAAGGAGGCUGAGUUUCAGCGUGACUUCAUAGACUCUCCUGACCUCCAGGCCUGUAUCAGAGUUCUCCGAGAUAUCGUCAAGUCUUCAUAUGGCCCUCAAGGUCGUCUGAAGUCAGUACAGAAUUGCUGUGGAGGUCAUCUGACAGUGACAUCCUCAUCGCGCAGGCUUUUUGGAGCUCUGUCUGUUUCCAGGCCCGUCCUUCAGCUGGUUGUCGGAUCAGUUCAAGGUCAUAUGAGGGCGUUUGGUGAUGGGGGGUUGUUUGCUGCGCUCCUCUCUCUCAAUCUGAUUGAAAAUUCAUUCUGCCUUUCUGUCCAGCGACAUGUUACUGUGGACCUGUUUGAUUGUUUCCUUACGCUAGCCGUCGACUAUUUGAAAUCCCCAGAUUGUAGGUGUAAGCAAGCUCUGAAUUACCCCAACUUGGAUUUUCUGCUAAAACUGACACACAGUGUGGUAGGGUCAAAACCGCUGUGCAAUUUAUACGGCCUCAAACUUGACUACAUUAGCAGAAUUUUAGUGGAAGCUUUUCUUCAGUCCCUCCCUGAAUCAAAAGUGCACCGCUGUCGACCAGAAACUAUUCAUUUCUUGACAGAGACUGGGUAUUCUGUCACUGAGUCUAAAGUAUUUGCAGGAGUCCUGCUUGAUACUUGUGGAAGGGAUAUUUCCAUUGUGCAGAAUUUGAACUGUCAAAGUGUUUGGUCUGAUAGUCAUCGUACAGUACCUGUUGUUGUUGUAAACAUUUCGCUUUCUGGUGACCUCGAAGACUUUGUUGAAGCAGACUGCUAUGAAGUGAACUGUGAUAUAAAUGUGGACAAUGUAGCUAUACAGAGGUUACAGUGUUUUGCUGAGGCACUACUCAGCAGUGGCACAAAAGCUGUGUUCUGCCAAAAAGUUGUGCAUCCAGACAUCAAGAUAUAUUUGAAAAGACGGGGCAUCCUUGUGAUUGACAGAUUAGGUGGAGCUGUGUGUAAAACCAUUCAGCAGUUGACAGGAGCCCCAGUUGUCAGUUGUAUUUCUCCAUCUGUGGUUCGAAACUGUGUGGGUUCUCUAGCUAGUAUUACAGUGGAAGUUUUUCAUGGCAAGAGUUACCUCCUCCUGACCUCACUCUUUUCCAAGGAUGUGAGUGUUGUUUUGUGUAACAGUGGAGAAGAGAGGGUGGAGGAACUAAAGGUGGUGAGUGAAGCCGCCGUGCAGUGUCUGUAUCGUCAUCUCCAGCAGCCUGAGGUGUUGUCAGGGGGAGGGUGCUGGCAAACACACCUGAGCGGACACAUUCGUCAACAGGUGGAAAACAAAGUAGUGAUCCUGACGAGAAAAUUUCAUGUUACCAAGUCGACACUGUUGACUGUUUCAGAGGCUUUUUGUCAAAGCCUGGAACAGUGUGCUAUGGCUCUGAGUAAGGAUGGAGAGUGUCACAUGACUGAUACAGCCAAUCAGCAUUUGUGGGUGGCCCCAAGUGCAUGUUGGGACAGCAAAAAGGAAAACAAACUUUUUAGGAAAUGUUCCUGUGGAGAAUUCUCCCGAGGGGAGACAACUAAGCUGAUAGCUCUUACCAGUGUUUCUGGUCAACCACAUACAGGAACAUAUCUUCCUGUGAAUAACAAGACAAGUGUUACAAAGACAGACUUGUUGACUGGAGCCACGGUGAUAGAUAGCUUUCCAGUACAAUUAAAUGCCCUUAAGACAGCUGUGCUAACAGCCAGUGCGGUGUUAGGCAUAAACCAGUAUGUCAGAGAUACAAAUUAAGACUGCAGAUAUCUGGUCCACUGAAUGUAAUGGUCCAGAAUGUAAUUCAGUGAAAAUACAAGUGUUUUGACUAGAUCACUAUACAACAUCAGGGGUCAGUGUAGAUCAUGGAGUGUAAGAUGGGAAUUAAUUGUAAACACAGAUCAGACGAGGCAUGAUGUGAAAUUCUUUAGAAUCUGAUCUACAGUUAUAAAUGUGAGUUUAAUCUGCCUGAUUAUCCUGUGUCUGUCUCAGAAUAUAUUAUUUCAAAAGAAUACAUGCUUA